UAUAAAAUUUGUUCGCCGUCUCUCCUUCUUCCUCGAGUUAGGGUUUUCUUGGACCCGUCUGCUUCCGAGCUCGCCGUCGCCGCCGAUCACCGGGACUCGAAAAUGCCGUCUCACAAGACUUUCAGAAUCAAGAAGAAGCUCGCGAAGAAGAUGAGGCAGAACAGGCCGAUCCCGCACUGGAUCCGCCUGAGAACCGACAAUACGAUCAGAUACAACGCGAAGCGCAGGCACUGGCGUCGCACCAAACUAGGGUUCUGAGGUGUUUUUUGUUUAAUACUUCAAUGUUUAUUUACUUUGAAUUUGUUGAGAUUGAGAAUUUCUUGAGAACCUAGUUUUGAUAUUUGCGCUACUGAAAUUGAGUUCAUCUGACAUUUUUGUUAAAUCAUCUCUGCACCCAAAAUUUUAAGUGCUUCGUGAAAUCUAAA